AUGCCUGAAUUCAUUAAUAAAAAUGUUGGUCCAUUUGUAUCUCAUCGGCGAACUAUGCAAAGGCAUAGAAAAUCUAAUCAACCAACAUCACCACAAACCAUGACCGAUUUCCAUUACCAAUUAACUGGAGACUAUGUUCAUCUUCCAGUGAUGGAUAAUGUACCUAUUUAUAUGGGAAAAAUAGGCACUGACCCCGAAGAAGGGAUAACAAUGUUGUUUGUAUUACCAGAAAUUAAAAAUAUACUGAGGACUGGAUCAACGUUUUUGAUGGAUGGUACAUUUGCUGCUGCUCCAUCAUUUAACCGGGAGUGUCAACAGCUAUAUGUUAUAAUGGGUAUAACAUUCAACACCGGAUUCCCAAUUGCAUUUGCUUUGAUGUCAAGAAAGACAGCGAGGGCUUACAAUGCCUUAUUUAAAUGGCUAUUAGAAAUUGAGCCACAGUGGACACCACAAACAAUUAUUGUAGAUUUUGAGAGAGCUGCAAUGGUCUCUCAAGCUCUGUGGAGAAAAGUUGGAGAAUUUGGAAUGAUAGAAACAUGUACCGGGCAUCGAAAUGCAUAUGACAUCGUACAUAUGCUAAUGGCAUUACCACUUUUGCCUGUGGAUAAGGUGAUGGAAGGCUUUCUUUCUAUAAGACAAUUUUACACAGAAAAUGUUGAAAAUAGUUUGCCAGUGGAAAGCUGUAGAAUAUUCCAAAGAUAUUUCCAGUACUCCAAGGUUUGUUAA